AUGCCUUCUGGUGGCCGAGGAUCUGGCUACACGUCGAAUGAUUCUGGGGCAGAUGAUCCAAGAUCGAAUGGCUACCGCACCGGCUCAUACAACCAAGGUCGCAUUCGUGGCAAUCGAAACCCAGGCCUUGUUCCAGCCCAUGCCGACACUACGUCAAGACAUCGUAGUAUGAACAUUGAAGACAUGUUGAACCCUUCGGACGAGGACACGAGACGGUAUCAACAGCCACAGUCUUCCAGGUCAUCCGACGCUGGAAGAACAGUAUCCAGAAACCCAGGCUCUCUCCAAGGCAAUAGAGCUCCUAGGUCCGGAACUCACUCUCACGGAGCCAGCGCAUCUGCUAGGUCUCGAGGAGGCUCUCGUCCUCAACCAAGACGGGGACAAAGAAGCAGGGGCUCAGGAUCGCCGGACCCCCCAUUGCAGACCCGUUCCCCUCGGCCGGAUUAUACCGAAGAACAGGAGUAUUUCAUUUGGUACCUUCGUAUUGACUGUGGGUAUUCCUGGACUGCCAUCGCCGACGCUUACAAUGCUCGAUUCUCUCAGGAUGGAGGAGGGGGACGCAAGAUCCCCGGACUCGAAUGUAAAUUUUAUCGAAUCACAAAAGCCAACGGCUUGCCGAAUCGACCACUGGAUACACGCGAGAGACAUGGUCUUGGCUUGAUGGCCGACACCCAGCCAGUACUGCCUACGGUCAUAUCCUUGGCGACGAAAGGCGCCGUUGAUGUAAGACACACCUUCACCGUGCUUGAACCACCAGACUGA